AUGUUGAUCUUAAAAGUUGACCAGGGUUUUUUGGUUGUGGGGUGUCUACGAGGCAUGGCUCCGUUCUUCGCUUGCUUCAUCUUGUCCUGCGUGUCUACUGUGUGGGGGAAUCAGCAGGGUGACAGCAGCAUCUACCUGGACAACAUCACGCGUAUUUUGGAUAGAUUACUGGAUGGCUAUGACAAUAGGUUGCGACCUGGAUUUGGAGGUCCAGUCACGGAGGUCAAGACGGACAUCUUUGUCACCAGCUUUGGGCCGGUUUCAGACGUGGAGAUGGAGUACACCAUGGACGUGUUCUUCCGCCAGACCUGGAUCGACGAGCGGCUGAAAUUCGAGGGCCCCAUCGAGAUCCUGCGGCUGAACAACCUGAUGGUCAGCAAGAUCUGGACCCCGGACACCUUCUUCCGGAACGGCAAGAGGUCCAUCUCUCACAACAUGACCACCCCCAACAAGCUGUUCCGCAUCAUGCAAAACGGAACAAUCCUCUACACCAUGAGACUGACCAUCAACGCGGAGUGUCCGAUGCGUCUGAUGAACUUCCCGAUGGACGGCCACGCCUGCCCGCUGAAGUUUGGCAGCUACGCCUACCCCAUGAGUGAGAUCGUCUACACCUGGAAGAAGGGCCCGCUGUCCUCCGUGGAGGUCCCCCAGGAGUCCUCCAGCCUCCUGCAGUACGACCUCAUCGGGCAGACCGUUUCCAGCGAGAGGCUCAAGUCCAACACGGGUGAAUACGUCAUCAUGACCGUCCACUUCCACCUGCAGAGGAAGAUGGGCUUCUUCCUGAUCCAGACCUACAUCCCCUGCAUCAUGACCGUCAUCCUGGCCCAGGUGUCCUUCUGGAUCAACAAGGAGUCCGUCCCUGCCAGGACCGUGUUCGUGACGAUUCUGUCGCUCAAUCAACGGACAGCCUGUGUGGCUCCCCUCUUCGGCCACCCUUUCAGACCGCUUGUUACCCCAGUGGAGGAGUCCUGA